GUAAUUAUUCUAGGAUGGAAAUAAAGAUCAUAAAUAAUAUUUUGGUAAUUGUCAGCUGACAUUGUGAUGUCAAAUAUCGUUUUUAAGUUUGUAGAUCAACUGGAGUUAGUUUUGGACAAAUUAAAUUCUUACAUUCCGUCUGUUUGCUGGGAAACCUUAGAGUAUAUGAAAGUGGCGGUGGUUAAUGCUGACAUCCAGCUUCAGAUUUUGAUUAUUUUAGGUUUAUGGUUGACUAUCAAUAUUUGUCUGAUUACAUUGACCUGGAAGAAAUACGAAAAUAAUCUCGACGACAACGUUAUAAUUGCAGACUUGAGUAGACAGUCUUCUCUGUACGAAAGUGUAAAUGGUGGCAGCAGUAAAACCAGUAAACAUUUGAAGAAAGAUUAAAUUUUUAAUAUCUGAUAGAAUAUCAUUUAUAUAUAAUGGCAGCUAUCAAAAGAUUUUUUGAAAAGAGAAAGCUUGAUGUCAAAUUCAAAAAGGCUGGAGGGGGUCACCGUUUAGCUGAAGAUUCAUCUCAAAGAAAGGUGCCAUCUGAUGCCUCCUCUCGUCCAUCACCCCCAAAAAGACAAGGCCCACCUGAAACUGGUCAAAGAGCUGCUGAAGCUGCAUUAGCUAGAAUUCAAUCGGCACAGCAUGGUCAUCCAGGAGGAAGUACAGCAGCUAUAAGGGCAAGGAUAAAAAGAGAAAUGGAAGAAGAAAAGAAAUCGCUCGAAAAAGCAGAGGCAGAAGGGGCUGCUUCCAGAUCAGUUCAAUCUGAGAUUGUACAAGAUAGUGCCCCAAUUCUAUCUGUCAUAUUUUAUAAAUGCCCGGAAAUUGGAGAAGCGAUCUUACCUAAGUCAGAAAUGGAGGCGUACAUUCAUGAAUUUCUCCUGAAUGGUUUGGCUGAAGAGCCUGAGAUGAGUUCUGCACUCAUGAUUCAAACUUUGAAUAAAGAUCGUGAGAAAGUGAAAGUGUGUAUAGAAACAUUAGCUAAAUACAUAGAUAAUGUGAUAAAUCAUCCAGAUGAGGAGAAAUACAGAAGAAUAAGAGUGAAUAACAAAGCUUUUCAAGAACGAGUUAUCAGCUUAAGUGGCACAGAAGAAUUUCUACAAGCUGUAAGGUUUCAGUUAAAAACACUACCUCACGAAGACCAUGAAGAAGAUUUUUAUGUUUUGGAAGAUGAGGCAGCAUCUGAUAUUGAUCGAUUGAAGGGCAUCAAGGAAGUGUUAGCCAUGGCCGAACCUAUCAAACCUCAGCUAGAUCGAUCUAUUAAAGUUUUUCAUCCUUCUAGUUCUACUACAGCUUCUAAAUUCAACAUUCCAAACGAAUUUUACGCCAUUUCUCCUGAAGAAAUUAAGAAAGAACAACUACGUCGUAAUGAAGCUGUAGAAAAGUUAGGUAUGUUAAGAACUAAAGCUAUGAGGGAAAGAGAUGAACAACGCGAACUGAGGAAAUACAGAUUCACAUUAUUACGAGUUCGUUUACCUGAUGGUAUCAUCUUACAAGGAACAUUUCGAGCGCUGGAAAAACUGUCAGCUUUGUUAGGAUUUGUAAGGGAAAACUUGGUGAAUGACUGGAUGCCGUUUCUGUUAAGCUCAUCAACUGGAGAAAAGUUAAUAGAAGAAGAUUUAACUUUAGCAGAACUUGGUCUUGUUCCUGCUGCUGUUGUGAAUUUUGCAUGGGAUCCAACUGUUAUGGCUGAGGUUACAGCUCAGCAGGGUGCAUCUGCAUCCAGUAAUAUCCUUAAGCCCGAAGUUGCUGCCUUGAUUCAACAAUUUUAAAAACAUGUAUUAUUAAAUUUUAAUUUGUGUAUUGAAGUAUGUAAAUGGCUAGAAGCAAGUAUAGUAUUUGCUUCCUGGUCUAAUUUUCCCAGUAUGAUAUAGUGACAGAUGAUAUAUUGAAAUUAAUGUUAUCUGUCAAAAAAAUUACAAGUUUUUUGGUAGAAAUGAUGGCUUAUUAUGCUAAUAAUUUGUUGAAUAAAUCAUCAAUGUAAAAUAUUGGAUGACAGUGGAUGAACAGUGUAUAAAAUAUAUAUACAGUAAUAAUAGCAGAUGACAAGAUUAAUAUAUUUUUAAAAUAUCUAUGCCACCACAUGCAGAUGUAGCUACAUGUACUUCCUUAUGAUUGUGGUUGGUUAAAACUAUUAUUGCCCAAGAUAAAACAUCUCUCCACUGUAAAGAUGUCAGGUUAAGUUACCGGUAUGUCAUUUGAAGACAAUAUUAUUAUGAUGUCUAUUAAUGUAAAUAUGAACUAUAUAAAAACUAAAAAGAAAUGAAAGUUCAGUGUUGUUUAAUAAAGACUGUAGCAGAUGAAUAGCAAGGUUGUUGUCUCAUGGAAGUUUACACAACUAUAUAUACAUGUAUAUAUAUAUUAUAUGUGUAACAGUUUGGAGUUCUUGUAUGGUUUCCAGAUUAAAAUUUGUUACUCUGUGCACUAUUUUUCUUGUGGUGCUCUAUGUUGACUACUGAAAUGUGUUUGUACACCUUUUGGAACACAAUAACACUACUUUUAAUUUAAGUCGCAUAUUCAAACUUGGUGUAGAUGUUCAUUAGGUGAAUGCCUUGAUUGAGUUCAAUGAUGAAAAUUUUUAGCUCAGUCUAAGAAGAGAUGAGCAAUUUAAAUUGUCAAUGGUUUGGAACACAAUAACUUGGGAUGAGAGUGAUGAAACAUAGCGUAUAGUUGUUUCAUUACAUCAGUACCUUAAUUUUUGGUAAUAUGAGCAUAUUCUACUCGCGUUGAGCAGAGUGAUAAACAGUUUACUUGCCUGAUGAGUUUCAUUUAUUUAUUUUGAGAUUAGGGCAGGGGACAUCAGCCUUACUUUUGGCUUGUUUCUUUAUUUAUUUUUGUAAAGAUCCUUGCAGUAAACUGUUUAAUUUAAUUAUAGAAGUUACUUUGUACCUUUAUCCUACAUACUAACAUUGAUUUGAUGUACUUUAAUAUUAUCAUGUACAUGUGGCUUUUAUUGUAAUUCAUGUACAUGUAUUGUUAAAAAAAAUAUAAUAGGCCAGGGACAAAUAUUAAAUUUGAUAUAGGAAAUGAUUCUGUCAGUCAAUUUAUGUAUUGGGAUAGUUAAUUAUAUUAUUAAGCCUGCGUUUCUUUCUAAUUUCUCACUUGACCAUUUUGACCUCUUUUGGAAUGGUUUGUUUUACUGUCCAUAUUUGGUUUAAAUUGUAUGUAUGUGAAAAAAAUAAAGGAACCACUUUCCUGUUGCAAGCCAUUGAUAAUGACGAUAUGCCGAUAGUCUCUUUUCACUAGCUUGAAACAAUAGACCCAACCGCCAUACUGCUGAAGAACUGAUUUCUGCUCCUUCAUUCCAGAAUCCAGUCAUUAGAAAAAGAAAAAGUACAUUGUCAUAAGAUAACUACUGUGGUAUUAUCCAUAGACUGGAGGCUAGGUGAAUGUAUAAGUCAAUAGAAAAGCCUUGUCUAUGACAAAUUUACUUUUACUAAUCCAUAUCUACAGACCUUUAUUAAAAGUACUUCCAUGAUUGAUUUUUUCUUUUUCAUAAAGAUUGCAUGAUUAUAAAAAUUGGAGAUUUAAGAAAGAAGUUUUUGAAGUGAUUUUUUAUGACCAUACCUGUCACAAAAUAUUAAAAGUACUUCCAUGAUUGAUUUUUUCUUUUUCAUAAAGAUUGCAUGAUUAUAAAAAUUGGAGAUUUAAGAAAGAAGUUUUUGAAGUGAUUUUUUAUGACCAUACCUGUCACAAAAUAUUGAGAAUGACAAACAUACAGUGUAUUGUUGUUUUAUGUACAUGUUUAGACGAAGUAUUCAAAAUGACCAUGUUUGCACAUCAAUACUCUUUGGCAAUCAAGUUUUUUUUGUUUUACCAUUUUUAUAUGCCCACAUGGAAAUGUGGUCUUAUAUUGCCGUCACCCCCCGUGCAUUUAUAAUUUGAUUGUUUUGAAAUUGAUAUAUGUUGUUUACAUUACUGAGAUGAAGAAUCCUAUUUGAUUUCAAUACUUUCCGUUAAUUUUUUCUGGAGUUAUGGCCCUUGUUUCACUUUAUUGUAUGAAAUUUAUAUGCAUCUUUUAAAUUUGUAAAAUGAAGAAGCCUAUUGAAUUUCAGCAAUUUCCAUUAAUUUUGUCUAGAGUUAUGCCCCUUGUUUCAGCUCAAGCGACAAUAGUUAUCAUCCAAUCUAUAUAAAAUUUAGGCCUAUAUGCAUCAUUUAAAUUAGUAAAACGGAGAAGCCUAUUGUAUUUUAGCAAUUACUGUUGAUUACGUAUAGAGUUAUGUCCCUUGUUUCACUUUGUCGAACCCUGUGAACGCUCUUACGACAAAAGUUAUCAUCUGAUCUUUAUGAAAUUUAUAUGCAUCCUUUAAAUUGGUGAAACGAAGAAGCAGCCUGAUGAAUAGCAUCAAUUUCCGUUAAUUGUUCUACGGUUAUGGCCCUUGUUUCACUUUGUCAAACCAUGUGAACAUUCGAACAACAAAACUGAUCAUCUCAUCUGUAUGAAAUUUAUACGCAUCAUUUCAGAAAUUUCUGUUGAUUGCUUCUAGAGUUAAUGGCCCAUGUUUCACCUUGUUGAAUCAUGUGAAUGCUCUAACAACAAAAGUUAUCAUCCGAUCUGUUUUAAAUUUAUAUGCAUCAUUUAAAUUAGUAAGACGAAAUAUCCUGUCAAAUUUUAAGAAUUUCUGUAAAUUACUUCCAGAGUUAUAAAAGGCCCCUGUUUCAGUUUGUAGAACCUUUUGAACACUCAAACAACGGAAAUUAUAAUCUGAUCUGUAUUAAAUUACCUAGAAAUGAAUAAAUAUGCAACAACACUUGUCCACCACUUGGACGAUUUAGCUGCUGUGGGUAUAUGUUUCGUUGCCUGGCAAACUAUCUUCUGUGUUUACCUGGCUGUUAUAUUUAUUAUAAUGGUUGGUGAUUACUGUACAUUUAUUAAAUUAUUUAUUAAGUUUAUAUUGCUAUAAUAAUAGAGGAUCUCACGGUACUUGGUAAUAGGAAUGAUUGGUAUUAAAUAUCUUUGGUUCA